AUGGGCGGCGAGACGUCUUCUCGCGCUACCUCGUCCUACCCUCGACUCAGCACCCAUCCCGUUGGACAAAAGAUUCAGAGCAUUUAUACCGACCGCUUGCGGCAAUUCACAUCUGGUGGCCAGUACGAAAAGGAGAACCUGCUUGCGAAGCUCUAUCACAAUGUCUGCGACGACGAAGACCAUGUGAAGCUCUCUGUCUACUCUCCGCCAAAUCUCACGAGACCGACUUUCCACGAUGCCACUUCUCAUGCCUUUCGACGAACACAUCGCGGUGAAUCCUUCGGGCCAGCUUGGGCUACCCAUUGGUUCAGGAUCCAACUGACUGUGCCUAAAAACAUGCGAGACGGGGAACACCUAGAGUUCCAUUGGGACGCAAACAAUGAAGGCAUGGUGUGGACGGAGGAUGGAAACCCUCUGCAAGGCCUUACUGGGGGAGACCGAGUUGAGUGGAUUCUGCCGAUAAGUUGGCGGGACGGCAAAGAGCACAUCUUCUACAUAGAGAUGGCGUGCAAUGGGAUGUUUGGCAACGCACCAGGAGGUGACAGCAUUCAACCCCCAGAUCCAAACAAGUAUUACAACCUUUGGAAGGCGCAGAUUGUCGAUGUCAAUCUUGCCGCUCGCCAGCUGUACGUUGACUUUUGGAUCAUCGGGGAUGCUGCUAGGGAAUUUCCCGGCGACAGCUGGGAAAAGCAUGAAGCCUUGCAGCUCUGCAAUCGAAUCAUGGAUGUCUUCAUUGCUGGUAACGGAUCGGCUGCCUCAAUCGAAGAGGGCCGCAAGAUCGCUCAAAAGUAUAUCGGCAAGAAUGUCGAUUCAGCCAAGGUCUAUAGCUCAGACGAGAAGAGCAUCGUAUACGGAAUUGGACACUGCCACAUUGAUACGUGCUGGCUGUGGCCAUGGGCUGAGACGAAGCGGAAAGUUGCCCGAAGCUGGUCGAAUCAGUGUGACUUGAUGGAUCGAUACCCAGAACACCGCUUCGCGUGCAGUCAAGCACAGCAAUAUAAGUGGCUGAAAAUGUACUACCCCUAUGUCUUCGACAGGGUCAAAGCCAAGGUCAAGGAAGGAAGAUUCCAUCCGAUCGGCGGCAGCUGGGUUGAGCACGAUACAAAUAUGCCUAGUGGCGAAUCCUUGGUUAGGCAAUUCCUUUACGGCCAACGGUUCUUCGAGAGCAAUUUCGGCGAAAGAUGUCAGACAUUCUGGCUCCCCGACACGUUCGGUUAUUCAGGUCAGCUCCCGCAGAUAUGCCGACUUGCGGGAAUGACACGGUUCUUCACCCAGAAGCUCAGUUGGAACAACAUCAACAACUUCCCGCACACCACAUUCAACUGGGUAAGUCUGGAUGGGAGUCAGGUCAUCUGUCACAUGGCCCCCAGCGAGACGUAUACGGCAGAUGCUCAUUUCGGAGACGUCAGAAGGAGCGUCACCCAACAUAAGAGCAUGGAUCAGGACAACACAUCUCUGCUCGUUUUUGGCAAAGGAGACGGAGGAGGUGGACCCACUUGGGCAAUGCUGGAGAAGUUGAGGAGAUGCCGUGGUCUGAGCGACACGGUUGGAUUACUCCCUCGCGUACACAUGGGGAAUUCCGUGGAUGACUUUUAUGCCAAUCUGGAGAAGAAGGUGGCCGAGGGCACCGAGCUUGUCACUUGGUAUGGUGAACUCUACUUUGAACUGCAUCGAGGCACCUACACAACGCAAGCCAAUAACAAGCUCCAUAAUCGGAAGCAGGAGGUCAUGUUACAUGAUGUCGAAUAUUUGGCAACUUUGGCAAGCCUGAAGAGCAAGAGCUACAAGUAUCCCAAGAAGGAGAUUGAUGAGAUGUGGGAGAAUGUGCUUCUCUGCCAGUUCCAUGACUGCUUGCCUGGCAGCUCCAUUGAGAUGUGCUAUGAUGACUCGGAUGAACUUUACGCUCACAAUGCGAAACUGGGAGAGAAGGUGAUAGAGGAGGCUCUCACGGUCCUGGGGCUGUCCCAGCACCUCAAAGCUAAUGCUGAGCUUGCAGCGGUCAACACCACUCCCUGGAGACGUUCAGAAUUGGUCAAGAUCCCCCAUGCCAACGCCAAGUCGCAAGAGCAGAAGUACACAUACAUCUCCGGCGGACCGGGCGUAUGUAAGACGCAUGCCGCUUCGGCGAUUCAAUCGACAGCGUCCAUUGAGGAGGUGCGGAAAGGUGUCUUUGUCCUGAAGAACAGCAUAUUCCAGGUGGAAGUGGAGGCAGGUUGCAUCACAUCACUGAUUGACUUGAGAGCAAAUACAGAAGUGAUUGCCAAGGGCGGAAAAGGCAACCAGCUGGUGAUGUUUGACGAUAAGCCUUUGUACUGGCAGGCGUGGGAUGUGGAGGUCUUCCACCUCGACUCCAGGAAAGAGCUCAAAUCGGAUGCAUCUGAGAUCGUCGAACACGGGCCAUACAGGGUGAGCGUGGCCACCAAGACGCAGGUGAGCAAGGACAGCUGGGUCAAGACAACGAUCAGUCUCGAUGCCUGCGACAGCCAGACCCAGACUGGGUCCGUAUUGGUGGAGGCCGAAGUCGAAUGGCAUGAGAACAUGAAGUUUUUGAAAGUGGAGUUUCCCGUGGACGUUGUCAACACGGAGGCAAACUAUGAGACGCAGUAUGGAAUCAUUCGCCGCCCGACACAUUACAACACAAGCUGGGAUAUGGCCAAAUUCGAGGUGUGCUGCCAUAAAUUUGCUGAUCUCUCCGAGGCCAAUUAUGGGGUGUCGAUCCUAAAUGACUCCAAAUAUGGAUUUGCGACAUGCGGCAAUCUCAUGCGAUUAUCGCUCUUGCGGGCGCCUAAAGCACCCGAUGCACACGCCGACAUGGGCCGUCACCACAUCAAAUGGGCCAUUAUGCCUCACCAAGGAGGGCUGAGCAGCGAUACCGUCCGAGCGGCCUACAACUUCAACCAUCCAAUGACCCUUGUGUCGGUGGUUGACGACAAGCCUCCAAAAGAGCUGUUCAAUGCCGUGAGCGUCACGGGAGCCCCAUCACUGAUCCUGGACUGCAUCAAGCGUGGAGAAGACGACGAAGACGUCUCCCGAGGGGAACUCACCCAGCGAAAAGGACAGAGCGUGAUACUGAGAAUUUAUGAGAGUGUGGGUGGCAAGAGUCGAGGAGUGAUUGAGACCACUUUGCCGGUGAAGAAGGUGUACGAGACCAACGUGCUAGAGGAUGAUGGUAAGCAACUGGAGAUGUCGGGAAAGAACAAGAUCAGCAUUCCCAUUGAGUUGCGGGCGUUUGAGGUGAAGACAUUCCGGUUGCAAUUGUAG